AUAUUUCACCCAAUUAGUGGAUGGUCUUGAAUAUUUGCAUAGCAAAGGCAUUGUACAUAAAGAUAUCAAACCUGGUAACCUUCUUCUCACAUCUGGUCAAGUUCUGAAAAUAUCGGAUUUCGGUGUAGCUGAGCCAUUAGACCUUUACAGUGAAGAUGAUACUUGUCGAACCAGUCAAGGAUCCCCAGCUUUUCAGCCACCUGAAAUUGCCAAUGGUUGGGAGAAGUUUCCUGGUUUCAAAGUAGACAUCUGGAGUAGCGGUGUGACGCUGUAUAAUUUGACAACUGGAAAGUAUCCUUUUGAAGGUGAUAAUGUAUAUAGGCUAUUUGAGAGUAUUGGACAGUGCAACUUCCAAAUACCUGAUUCAGUAUCCCCAACGCUAAAGUCUUUACUUGAAGGAAUGUUGCAAAAGCAGCCAGCCGAUAGGUUUAGUAUUCAACAAAUUAGACAGAAUUUAUGGUUUAUUGUGAAUCCACCUAGAAUAGAACCUGAAGUGCCAGUGCCUAAUUUAAGAGGCCAGAAAGACCACAAAAUGACAGUUCUACCCUACAUCAUUGAUUAUUUUGAUGAAACGAAAGGCAGUAGUGACGAUUUCGAAGAGGAGGUCGAAUAUUUGAUGACUGAAAGGGAAUAUUUUGUAAAUCAGAGAAGGGAGCUCAGCCAGGAAGAGAAUGACAGUACGUCUGAAUUUGACAAUGAAGAUGGAGCCAUUUGCAUCUCAGCAGUCGAAGGUGAUGGAGACAAUGAAUUGGUAGCAAAUUUCAACAAUAAAGCAAGCAUUUCGGAAUGCGUAACGAAUACAACUAAUCAAAAGCCGCAAUGGAAACGACCAAUCUCUUGUCUUAGCGUUGGUAAAUUAUCUCACUGUCGUCCAUCAUGAUGUCUCUUGUUCCUAUUCACAGUGUACCUAAUCUUCGUUCGGAUUGCAGCGCUUUCCUUCAGGGUCCUGCAGGCUGAUCAUAAAAAUUGAUGGACAAUGCGACAGUCUAAGAUGACAAAGAGGAAAAAGAGCGAUUUUAUUGGUGGAAAUGGGUGAUUGCAAUCUGGACCCCCAAGACAGAAUAUGGGUCCUGGGACAUAUUAAAGAGAUGAGUCCCUAUGGGCUCUGGGGAUAGGGAAAUCCCCUCUCUAGAUAGGAAAACUGACAGACUUACAAAAACUGUCCGCGGACGCGGGAAACUUGAAAAAGUGUGUUACAAACUACGCAGAUUGCCAGAUAGCGAGCAAAGGAAUGGAUUUCAGACUUUUUGAACGUGACCGACGUGACUUUCGUGUGAUUUUACUCACAUAGAGCACCUGCGUUUGGCCGUAUCUCUUGUGUGCAACAGAUCCAUUGAAGGUACCGGAGAUGAGAUUUUGUGCUAACUCAAUAUGAAUUUCAAGCCGUGUUAAAAGCUUUAAUUAUAACGCUAAUAGGGUAAAUUUUAGGGUUUAGGCUUGCCAAAUAUAACUAACAAGAAUGAAGAGAAGAAAUGGGUCAAAAAGGCCAGUGAGACUGCCCUAAAGAGAAGCCUCUAAACCUGUAUAAAAUACAAAAAUUGUGCUUACUCGCGAGGUCUCAAGACAGAUUAACAAAUUGCAUUGGCACCUCCCAAAUUAUAUAGCCAAUUCGAUCCUGGUGACCUCUGGUUCCCCGACGAAAGUUUCGUUCGCCCCCUCCCCUUGGCGGCCCUGGUUGCAAUGAACAGAGGAGGUAAGUAAUAGACUACCAUACGGCAACCCAUGAGAGACUCCAUAGUUAGUCCAUCGUUUUCCCUCCUUGGUCUGUAAGAACCACUCUUUUCAAUCUGUAGAAUAUAGAAUCGUUUCAUUUUCCUUUUGUCUAUUACUUUGUAUAUCCAUUUCAAUAAUCAGCGGGCUGCAGCAUUUUUAUUAUGUGCGAUUCUGUUUUCAUACUUGUUUUUUUUAUUUUAUUUUAUUUUUUUUCUUUUCACCAAGAAGGAAUCAGCCAGUCUCUUUGAUCACUCUGAUAGUAGUGUUUGGACUAAUUUCUAAUAUUUUUAUAGUAAGAAUCAGCAAAAGCGAAAUUUCCUGAGAGAACUUCGGGAGGUAAAUAUCUUGAAUGAAUGUUCCUUCAUUUCAACCUUCCUUUCUUCCAUCAAGUUCAUAACCUUUUGAUAAAAGGAAGCCAACGUCAAGUGGCAAUUACUGUUCCUGGUCCUGAAUCCGCAGGGAUAGAACUACGCCAUGUUUCUUCAAGAGGUUAAUAGCCUAUUGCGUGCAAUAUUCCUCUCUUGCCAUUCAUAUGUUACAGUUCAGUUAGUUAUUGAUUUUAAGCAUUUUUGAGAGGAAAACCUUUUUUUUUCACCCGAUUCACCGCAUGUAGAGGGUUCUGAACCAGAAUUGGAAUUUGCUCUGAAAUUCAAUGCCCUGAUGAAUGCAAUUUUAAUGCAGUGCUUGUUAUCCAUCCAUCUAAACCUAAGUAAUUAUCUUCGCAAUCUAUAAGAAUGUUGAACAGUUUCUAAACAUUCACCGAUUUUGCAUAGAUUAUUCCUUUAAUUGACAGCACUGAUUCAGGGGAGGUCCUGUUGAAGAAUCCAAAAUUUGCCCACGUGGACCACCUAAUAGAUCCACUGCAUAUGCGAGAUAUCAGGUGAGAAUAAAAGUUCUGCUUUUGAAGCUGCGCAGAGGCCAAUAUUAACUUUAUAAUUUUUUUGCUUAUGACAGAAGUAAAAACAUUUCAAGAGAUAUCAUUAAAUAAUGGUCCUCUGAGUAAUAGAAAUUUAAGGCCACAAUUGUGCAUACUGUUACACUUAUCAUUAUUGAAGAAGUUUUAGAAACAUUGUCAUGGCAAGUAACUUUUUUUGUUCCAACUUUCUGAGAACCUAACCAUUGGUUUCUUACCAUGAUUUAUUCAUACCUUCAUGAACUGUUGUCACACUAUGGAGUAGAUUCAUUUCAUGAUAAGUAGUUCUCAGGAUAGUUUUUUUCUUCUGAUUUUCUGUAAACAAGUGUAAGGCCUUGCCUUGUACAAUGUACAUACGAGCGCGGUUCCCCAAACUUGGGGCGAACUUUUUCCAGGAACUUAUUAUAACUUAGUUAUAACUUGUCCUGCAAAACUCCAGUUUGUGGAACUUAUAAUGCACCCAAACUGCGCUCAUGUGAACAAGGCCCAAAAGUAUUUUUCUUUGUGAUUUUUUAAAAACUCUACCAACUGCUGUCUACCACAAAGUAAACAUUGAUAAUUUAUGAGA